AUGACUGAUUCAUCCAGUAGAAAACACAUUGCAGCCUCUGUGGCCUUUUCUUUGGCGGGAUGCGUCCUCUGGAUGGCAACCCAUGGCUUUCGUGAGAAUCACGGAGGAGCAAUGAUGGACGAUUCCAUGGGGAUAACCUCUCGUCGAUUCCUUGCGUCUAUCUUGGAUGAAGACGAGGCAAUCCCGGAACUCUUUCCUCUGCAGUUACCGGAUUAUAUUGGAUUCUUUUGUGCCAUCACGGGCCUCAUCUUGGCGGCUGGUGCUGGAAUUGGUGGGGGCGGUAUUCUUGUCCCUAUUUUUAUUCUCAUCUUUGAGUUCCCUGUCAAGCAUGCCAUUCCGUUGGCUUCUGUCACCGUCCUUGGUGGCGCGUUCGCCAACAACUUGCUGAAUUUUCGAAAGGCGCAUCCAGACCACCCAAGCCGACCUGCCAUUGAUUGGGACCUCAUAAUUCAGCUGGAACCCAUGACCAUUGCGGGUGCCUUGAUUGGAGCGGACUUGAACGAUCUUUUGCCAGACACCGUACUGGUGGUUCUCCUCUUUGUGCUACUUUCUGCCACGGCCUACAAGACUCUUCAGAAAGCCCACAAACUUCAUGAAAAAGAAACAGAAGAAAUGGAGAAAGCUCAAAAGGAGGCAGUAAGGCUUUUGGCCAGUGGCAAUGCGCCAGGAGAUGUGGAGGCCCAGGACAAGUCUGUGGUGAGGUCCACCUAUGGAUCUGUUGCCAGCCGCAGGCCUCAAGCUAAAGUCAAGGCGUUGACUCACGAGCCUUCUUUCGGAGCGGACCAGGUCCAUCAAGCUUGGAUUGCUGCGGGUCAGCUCAGUGCUCUCUUUGUGAUAGUGACAAUCCUGAAUUUGCUAAAGGGCGGACCCGGUGAAAGUGGCGGAGGCCCUAUGGGUCUUCAAUCUUGUGGAGCCACCUGCUUCUGGGUCACAGAGGCAGGUAUCUUUUUCCUGAUUAUUGGCUUUGCUAUCUUUGUUCGUCAUGGCGUCCUGCGAAGAAUGGAGUCCGGCGGCCCUGUAUUGUCCGAGAUCGACUGGGACGAAGAGAACACUAUUCGAUACCCACUGUACGCCAUUGUUGCUGGUUUGGUGGCUGGUAUGUUUGGUGUUGGAGGUGGGAUCAUCAAGGGUCCGUUGAUGCUGGCUCUCGGAGUCCACCCCGCCGUGGCAUCUGCAACGUCGGCCUGCAUGAUCCUGUUCACUAGUUCGACCUCAACCAUCAGCUACAUGAUCUUUGGUCUCCUUCUCAAAGAUUAUGCGGCCGGUUGUCUCAUCACGGGCUUUCUGGCAACCCUUCUCGGCCAAACACUUAUGUCCAUGUUGAUGAGAAAGUACAAUCGAGACAGCUACAUAGCGUAUACCAUUGGAAUUGUCGUUGGGCUUUCCGCCAUCGCCAUGACUCUCGAAUCGGUGCUUGCCAUCAUUGGCCCCUGA